UAAAAGCAAUGGGUUAAAAAUAAAAGCCAAAACAUCAAAACUCACAUAACUCAGUUGGAGUCGCACUGAACACAGCUUCUCCGUAGAAAGAAAAAUCUAGCCGGAAAUCGCAACCGGAGUUUCCCCUCAACCGCCGGAAACAGUGAGAAAUCCAUCCAGAUCAAAAUGUCUCGAAGAUAUGAUAGUCGUACAACAAUCUUUUCUCCUGAAGGACGUCUUUACCAAGUGGAGUAUGCAAUGGAGGCUAUUGGAAAUGCUGGUACUGCCAUAGGAAUCUUGUCGAAGGAUGGGGUUGUUCUGGUUGGCGAAAAGAAGGUGACAUCCAAGCUUCUGCAAACCUCAACUUCAACUGAGAAAAUGUACAAGAUUGAUGAUCAUGUUGCAUGUGCUGUUGCUGGGAUUAUGUCCGAUGCCAACAUCCUAAUCAAUACUGCUAGGAUCCAAGCACAGCGUUACUCAUUUGCUUACCAAGAGCCAAUGCCUGUUGAACAGUUGGUUCAAUCUCUUUGUGAUACCAAGCAAGGUUACACACAAUUUGGUGGUCUUCGUCCAUUUGGAGUCUCUUUCCUGUUUGCAGGAUGGGACAAAAACUUUGGCUUUCAACUUUACAUGAGUGAUCCUAGUGGAAACUAUGGCGGUUGGAAAGCCGGUGCUAUUGGUGCCAACAACCAGGCAGCACAAUCAAUUCUAAAACAGGACUACAAGGAUGAUAUCACAAGGGAAGAAGCAGUUAACCUUGCACUGAAAGUUCUGAGCAAAACUAUGGACAGCACCAGUCUUACCUCGGAUAAGCUUGAACUUGCAGAGGUUUUUCUUGCACCAUCUGGAAAGGUCAAGUAUCAAGUUUGCUCCCCAGAGAACUUGACUAAGCUGUUGGUGAAGUCUGGGGUGACCCAACCGGCAACAGAGACUGCUUAGCUUGCUGUUCCAUCAUGUCGUACACAUUUCAAACUCAAAGGAAGAAACUGUUCCAAAUUUAUUUCUAUGUUAAAACUAGUAAACUUCUCUUAUCUUGGUGAUGUUAAACUGCUAAUGGCUUUUUAUUUUAUAUAUGCUUCUUGGAUUUUAAGGGCAUAGAUCUGUGUAAUCUAUUUUGGUUUCUACGGAUUCUUCUUUUCAUGUUCUUGUUAUUUGCAUUGAACCUGGAAGGUUGUAGAAUCAGCUAGCAUGUCAUUUUCAGGCAGUUUUCAUUUUGAGUAAACUA